UCGGUGGCGAGGCCGCGGCCGCCUGGCUUCCAGGCGCCGCCAUGUUGGAAGUGCAGGGCUCCGACCAUGGCUGCGAGCGCCGGGCUGCGAGCCCCGGCCCGGCCGGGCACCGGGUGGAGGUGCGGCCCGGGCUGUAUCUGGGUGGGGCAGGGGCCGUGGCGGAACCGGAUCACCUGCUGGAGGCCGGCAUCACCGCCGUGCUGACGGUGGACUCGGAGCCGGCUUUCCAGGCUGGCCCUGGGUUCGAAGGUCUCCGGAGCCUCUUCGUGCCCGCGCUGGACAAGCCCGAGACUGACUUGCUCAGUCACCUGGAUCGGUGCGUGGCCUUCAUCGGCCGGGCGCGCGCCGAGGGCCGAGCGGUGUUGGUACAUUGUCAUGCAGGAGUCAGUCGAAGCGUUGCUGUCGUGACAGCUUUUUUAAUGAAGACGGACCAGCUUACCUUUGAAAAAGCCUAUGAAAACCUCCAGACUGUCAAGCCAGAAGCUAAGAUGGAUGAGGGAUUUGAAUGGCAACUGAAAUUAUAUGAAGCAAUGGGAUGCGAAGUCGAUAGCGCUAGUGCAAUUUAUAAGCAGUACCGUUUACAGAAGGUUACUGAGAAGUAUCCGGAACUUCGGAAUUUACCUCAAGAGCUCUUUGCUGUUGACCCGACUACCAUUUCACAAGGGUUAAAAGAUGACAUUCUCUACAAAUGUAGAAAGUGCAGGCGAUCUUUAUUUAAACGUUCUAGUAUUUUGGAUCAUAAUGAAGGAAGUGGGCCAGUAGCCUUUGCUCACAAGAGAUCGACACCGCCUCUUGUGCUUACCACAGGGACUCAGGCUCAGUGUACAUCUUACUUCAUUGAGCCUGUCCAGUGGAUGGAAUCUACCUUGUUGGGAGUAAUGGACGGACAGCUUCUUUGCCCAAAAUGCAGUGCCAAGUUGGGUUCCUUUAACUGGUAUGGUGAACAGUGCUCGUGUGGUCGAUGGAUAACCCCGGCUUUUCAAAUACACAAGAAUAGAGUGGAUGAAAUGAAAAUGUUGCCAGCUCUAGGAUCACAGAGAAACUAUGAACCUAGGGCAGAGCCUGGAGUAAAACCUGGUGGAACACAGUUGUCUUGAUUAUUAUCUUCCCUAGUGGAAGGAUUUGGAAUGUCCGAAGAUAACUACUGACUGUAACAGCUAUUGGUUGGCAGCUUAUUACAUGCUGUAUAUGCGGUACUUGGCUCGGCAAUCCAGGCUUUGAAUCAUGUAAAUUGGAUUUGAUAUUAAAUUCUUUUGUAACCCA